UCUAAAACAGCGGGGGUUAACCUGCGACGCCAUUUUCCGCCAUUUCCAACAAAAGAGUAAAGUGAGUGUCGGCAUUUUUAAAACGCAUUAAGAUGGCAGGAAUAAAUUCAGACUAUAUCAAUGAAUUGAAGAAUGAACUUGGACAAGUGGAACAAUUGAAAUUGGUGCAAACAGCUCGUGUAUUAACAGAAGAAAUAAAGAAAGCAGAAGGUGGAAGUAAGAAAGUGAUUCCUACAGUGGAAGCUCACCAUAACAGACCACAGGGAGUAGCUGUCAAAGUCAAAAUUCCUCAGAAUGAGUACCCCAAAUUUAAUUUUGUUGGAAAACUAUUGGGCCCAAAAGGUAUGUCACUUAAGAGGUUACAAGAAGAAACAGGGACAAAGAUGUCAAUUCUUGGAAGAGGGUCAAUGCGAGACAAGGCAAAGGAAGAUGAACUUAAGAAAGAGGGUGGAAAAUAUGCCCAUUUAAAUGAAGAGCUGCAUGUCCUUGUUGAAGUAUACAGUGAAAUUUCAGAUGCUUAUGCCAGACUCUCCCAUGCAUUAUCAGAACUUACUAAAUUUUUAUCACCGGAAUACAAUGAUGAAAUACACCAGCAACAGAUGGAAGAAAUGAUGUAUCUGAAUGGAGAGAAAGCCCCGGGAGCAGGUACACCUGGUGCAGGUGGACGAGGGAGGGGAAGAGGUGGUCCAGGGGCCGGGGGAAGAGGAGGUCUCCUCACCUCACCUGCUGGAAGAGGAGCACCCCCACCCAGAGGAGCACCUGCAAGAGGUGCCCCACGUGGUGUCCCAGCCCCUCGAGGAGCCCCCGCAGGACGGGGUAGACCAGCACCCCCACCACCACCUCGUACAGAAGCCUACGAGGACUACAGCACUCAGGCUUAUGAAGAUCCAUAUGCAGAUCCCUAUGCUAGAGACCCAUACGCAGAAACAAGCUAUGCUGCAGGAGAUACACAGUACUUUGACUAUGGACAUGGCUCAAGUGCACAAGGAUAUGAUGAUGGGUAUGCCAAAGAGAGUGGAUGGUCCGCAGGAGGCAGUUCCUUUAAAGCCCCACCAGCACCCCGAGGGGGGCGUGGACGUCCCCACCCCUAUGCCAGUACACGAGGAGGCUAUUAAGUGCACCCAUUGCCCACUGAUGCUAACUCUUUUAUCGCUCAUAUUUCACACAUCAUGUUUACAUAGGUACUUUGUUACCUUACAGAAUAGACUAAAUUAAUGUAGCCCUACUGAAUGAUCUGAAGGAAACUCAUAAGAUUCAAAUCCCUACUUUGAACAUCAAAUUUAAAAUCCCAUGAUUGUUUUCAGUUUUAAAUGGCUACAAAAGUUGUAUUCUCUUCGCAGUUCGUUGAUGUCAAAGAAGGCAAAUUAAAAUGUGUUGUAAACCUGUGGUACCUGUAUAAAAAAAAAACUUAAUUGUGUUCACUGAACUUAGUUUACUUGUCAGUGUAGUAUAAAAUAAAUUCCAAAAAAAGAUAUUGAAAAAAUGUUUUUAUCUCUAAAAAAAAAAAAUCCAAUGUCUCAGCAAACAUUUGUAUGCAAAACCAGUGUAUAUGCACCAAAAGAAAAAAAAAACGAACAAAAAACUAAAGAUAGGAAUAAAUAAUAUGCGUGCAUUAACAUAAUUGUUAAAAUUCAAUGUCAUAAGUGUAUAUUGUAAAGUUGAAUGUUAAAGAUAAAUCUUAAAAACCUUAAUGUCUUUAAAUAAUUCAGGUGUAUGGAUUAGUAAACUAAACCCCAUGCAUAACUAUAUCUGAGGCAUUGGAUUUGUUUGUUUGUAUUCUGUGUAUUAACAAAAAUAACUUAAUUUUACAGACAAGACAGAGCAGACUUUAUUAUUAUUGUACAGAAAACUUAGUUAAAGCAAAGUUGA